CAAGCGAGCUUAAGGAAGGGACCAGGAAUGGAGGAAUCUAAGUACGGUAUGCUCAAACUGGAGAAAUACCCGCCGGGAAUUGAAAGACGACACUUACUGGAAAGAGAAGGACACGGAGGUGGUAAGGAGGGAAGACUGGAGAGACGAGAAAAGGCAGAAAAAGCUUAAAAUGAUGAAUGUGUAAAUUCAGUGGCAUAAAUGGCGUCCAAAGUCACAGAUGCUAUAGUCUGGUAUCAAAAGAAGAUUGGUGCAUAUGAUCAACAAAUAUGGGAAAAAUCUGUUGAACAAAGAGAAAUCAAGGGGUUAAGGAAUAAACCAAAGAAAACCGCACACGUGAAGCCAGACCUCAUAGAUGUUGAUCUGGUAAGAGGGUCUGCAUUUGCUAAGGCAAAGCCUGAAAGUCCUUGGACUUCUCUAACUAGAAAAGGAAUUGUUCGAGUUGUAUUUUUUCCCUUUUUCUUCCGGUGGUGGUUACAAGUAACAUCGAAGGUCAUCUUUUUCUGGCUCCUCGUUCUUUAUCUUCUUCAAGUUGCCGCAGUAGUAUUGUUCUGGUCCACUUCCAGCCCACACAGCAUACCUCUGACAGAAGUGGUUGGGCCCAUAUGGCUGAUGCUGCUCCUGGGAACGGUGCACUGCCAGAUUGUUUCCACGAGAACACCCAAGCCUCCUCUAAGUACCAGUGGUAAAAGAAGAAGGAAACUGAGGAAAGCAGCUCACUUGGAGGUGCACAGGGAAGGAGACGGUUCCAGCACCACAGAUAACACGCAGGAGGGCGCAGUCCCAAGCCAUGGUCCAAGCAGCUCUUUCGGCAUGGGUGCUGUCUUCAGGGAUCUCUGGCACGCUGCUUUCUUCUUAUCCCGAUCAACGAAAACAAAGAAUUCAAUUGAUAAAUCGACAGAGACUGAUAAUGGCUACGUGUCCCUUGAUGGGAAGAAGACUGUUAAAAGCAGUGAAGAUGGAAUACAAAACCACGAACCUCAUUGUGAAACUGUCUGUCCCGAAGAGACCGCCUGGAUCCCAGCAACACCGAGGGGUGUUCCUAGCAAAGACACCCAAAGGACAAUGACAAAUGUCUCUGAUGAAGUGUCCAGUGAGGAAGGCCCUGAAGCAGGCUAUUCACUUCAACGUCACAUGGACAGGCCUUCUGAAAGCAUCCUUCGGAACAGAAAAUCACAGCACUACAAGAAGCACUGCCCUAAUGAGGAUGCCCCUAAAUCGGGUACUAGUUGCAGCUCUCGCUGUUCAAGUUCCAGACAGGAUUCUGAGAGCACAAGGCCAGAAUCUGAAACAGAAGAUGUAUUAUGGGAAGACUUGUUACAUUGUGCAGAAUGCCAUUCGUCUUGUACCAGUGAGACAGAUGUGGAAAAUCCUCAGAUUAACCCAUGUGUGAAAAAAGAAUAUAGAGACGACCCUUUUCAUCAGAGUCACUUGCCCUGGCUCCACAGCACUCACCCAGGAUUAGAAAAGAUAAGCGCUAUUGUGUGGGAAGGCAACGACUGUAAAAAGGCAGACAUGUCUGUACUCGAGAUCAGUGGAAUGAUCAUGAACAGAGUGAACAGCCACAUACCAGGAAUAGGAUACCAGAUUUUUGGAAAUGCAAUCUCACUAAUCCUGGGCUUGACACCAUUUGUUUUCCGGCUCUCUCAAGCCACAGACUUGGAACAACUCACGGCACAUUCUGCUUCAGAACUUUAUAUGAUUGCAUUUGGUUCUAAUGAAGAUGUCAUGGUUCUCUCUAUGGUUAUAAUAAGUUUUGUGGUUCGUGUAUCCCUUGUAUGGAUUUUCUUUUUUUUGCUUUGUGUAGCAGAAAGAACUUAUAAACAGCGAUUGCUUUUUGCAAAACUCUUUGGACAUUUAACAUCUGCAAGGAGGGCUCGAAAAUCUGAGGUUCCUCAUUUCCGGUUGAAGAAAGUACAGAAUAUAAAAAUGUGGCUAUCUCUCCGUUCCUAUCUUAAGCGUCGAGGUCCACAGAGAUCCGUUGAUGUCAUAGUCUCAUCUGCCUUCUUGUUGACUAUCUCAGUUGUAUUUAUCUGUUGUGCUCAGCUGCUUCACGUGCAUGAGAUCUUCCUUGAUUGCCACUACAACUGGGAGCUGGUCAUCUGGUGCAUCUCCUUAACACUCUUCCUCUUGAGAUUUGUUACCCUGGGAUCAGAAACAAGUAAGAAGUAUAGCAAUACCUCAAUAUUACUUACUGAACAGAUAAACCUCUACUUGAAAAUGGAGAAGAAACCCAACAAAAAGGAGGAACUGACACUAGUCAAUAAUGUUUUAAAACUGGCUACUAAACUACUAAAGGAAUUGGACAGCCCCUUUCGAUUAUAUGGGCUUACAAUGAAUCCGCUGCUUUAUAACAUCACCCAGGUUGUCAUCCUGUCAGCUGUUUCUGGUGUUAUCAGUGACUUGCUUGGAUUUAAUUUAAAGCUGUGGAAGAUUAAAUCCUAACGACUCAGAGAAAAGAAGAUGUAGCCUUCUUUUCCAGAAUCUGAGGACUGACUAAGCCGCUGACAAGCAGUUGCUGACUGAGCUUCAGGAGUCUCCGCUGGGGAAUUGAAGUGUUUACAUCAGAUCGUCUCGUGCAAUUCUUAUAUUUAUUUACUUGUUCACUGUUUUUUACAUUUAUUUUAGACUUUAUAUUUUAUUUUUAAGCAUUGAUGUUCUUAGUUGUUGAAAGCGUGAUAAAGCUGAUAUCCAGAUACUUGAGGUCCUGGGAAUGGCUCAUAAAUGAGAAGCCGUGAAAUCAGAAGCCAUCGCAAAGUAGCGUUUCUCCGUCAGCGCCGUGACCUUGCCUUACUUGAGGAGAAAUCCUUUAACUCUGGAAUAUUGCAUUGGACUCAGCUAACGCAGACACCAUAUUCUUGGGUAAAUCAAGAUCCAGUCAGGGUUCUGGCAACGUAUUUCAGAGCAGUGCCGGGGUCUGCACUAAGCUGCAGCUGCAGCGCCCUCCAGUGUUAAUAUAUGGUGUUACGCAGCAGGCCGACAAGUGCUCUUUGAUAAGACACUCAAUGGAGCAAUAAUUGUAAAUGGUUACCAUACUGUAAGAUAUUUUGAUAAAAUUAAUUAGUAAUAAUUGUAUUUAUUUGAAACACUGGGCUGUUUGCACAGCUCCAGCUGUGCAUGCUCAAAAUGUGCACUUUUAAAACUUGUUACUUUUAUGGUGUAUCUUUACAUGGGGUGUGUCACAGUGUACCGGGGCACGACGUGGUGUCCUUCUGAGUGAUGUCUGGACUCAGCUCACCAGUGAAGUGCCUAUUGAUAAUACUGAAGUAUAUUCUGUUUACUCAAGUGAAGUAAUUUCUGUCCCAUGGUACACUAUGGUGUGUGCUGUUCAGACCACAUUUAAACGAACAACUUUUAACAAUAAGCUUAUGGACCAGUAAAAUAUUCCUCUGACUGCUAGUUAUAAAUUUAUACCCAAAUUUUCAGAAAAGACAGCUUCCGCUUGCAGAUUCUGUACUCUACACUUAAUCCGGUGCGUCCCCUCUGUCAUACAAGGGCUAUUUUAGGUGCAGUUAGUUGCUCCCCUUAAUAGUUUGCCAAGUGUCCAGUGAGAACUUAUCGUGUGGCCAUGUUAGAUGUAUGGGGCAAAUAUGAUAGUGUCUUACAUUGGGCCUUGAUUUAAGUUGUCACAUUUGUACAAUCAAGAGUGUUUUAGGAAUUACAUGAAACAUAAAAUGACUGUGUGUGUUUUUUUUUUAACUGAGCAUCUGGUUUCUAAAACAAUUUAUUUGAAACAAUCUAGAAUUUUCUUGGUGCAAAGUAUAUCAUAUUGAAUAUGCUCAUGUUUUUACCAAGUUUUAUGGAACUUAAAGUAGUUAAUUGUAAAUAAUGUACUUGGUUGGUGCAGCUCUAAUUCCCGAAGCAACCUUCAGAGCCGAGCGCGUGGAGAAGAGCCACGUUCUGUCCCUUUGCUCUCUCCUUCCCUUUCGGCCAGCCUCAAGUCAGCUUCCUCAGACAGUGCAUUUUCUUCCUGCCCAGGACAGCAGGAAGCGUCUCGUUCUGUUGGCCUCUUCUCUUGUGUUUAUCAAUGACCAAAGUGCAUUCUGAGGCUUUCGAGGGACGCAUUACUGGAGCUUUAAGAACCUACUUAGUUUCUCAUGUGAAAAAUUAGGCUUUGUCUGGUACGUCUUUUCUUCCUCUAUUGCCUAAUGUGGAGGUUGUUUUUAGGAAUUAUAUUUUAUAAACUUUUUCAAAAUAAGGUACAUACCUAUACAGAAUUUAACAUUUUGCACAGAAUAUAUCAAAUAUAUUUUGAGAAAAAACGUACGGCACGAGUCCUGUUAGGAAUAAAGUAUGAAACUAUUGUAUCUUACAAAAAGUUAUUUCAGAAUGGAAAUAUUUUUGAGAAAAGGAGCUAAGUAUGCUAAUUUAGGAAAAUGCUUGUUUAGGUCAAAGAUCAGUUCAACUUAGACCUGGGAAUUGAAAGUUAAUAAUAUGUUGAAUUACGUCACUAAUGUGAGCAGCAGUAGAAUACUAAGAGUUGUUAUUUUAAGCAAUUUCUGAAUGUUAACAGAACUGUUUCACUGACAUUGCUGCCUUUAAGAAUCCCGUGAAUGUAAGAAAUUGUAGCAUAUCACAUUAAAUAUAGAGAGGGCAGUUCAAAGAAUUGUGGCAGAUGUUGUGUGUUAACUGUUGUUCUUUGCCACAUGUCUUGUAUUUGAAAAUUUGAACAGUUU